AGUAGUCUUGAGCAUCCUUGCUGCUGCUGAUGCUGCUAUAAAUAUCUGCUGGUAGCCGUAGAGCGGCAGAGAGCAGCAGGCAGGCCAGAGGGAGGAGCAGAAGACCAGAGGACAGGACAGGACAGGGGGAAAGAAUCUGAGGCAGAGAGGAUAACAAGAUGACAGGCGGUCGUGCUCGAAAAAGAAGAAGGGGGGAGAAGAGAGGAGGGGAGCUGCUUAGUUAGCUCCAAGAAAGAGGAAGAGUGUGUGUUUUUGUAUGUUGAUGCGUUCUGUGGUUUGGUUAUUGGCCUGUGCUGGACUUGAAAGUCAAAUUUAGGCCUAAACUUGAUUCGGACUGUAUCCUAACUGCUACUGGAGCAGCACUGUGUUUAGCUGAGUUAACAUUUGGACUCCACAGUGGAGACUGGAGCUGGACUUUCCUUCCCGGCCUCUAAAAACCAGGCUUCGCAUGCACCGCACACUCCGAACCGAACCCCAUCCAAACCCCAUCCAGGCUGCCGGUCGUUCGGUUUCGUGCGGACAUGCGGGCCGGCGUGGGCCGGGGCGGGGCUGAGAUGUCAUGCUCCUGUGUUGCUGGUGGUGCCUGAGGCCUGAGGCGGUGGAGCUGGACAGCAGGAGGGUGGACCACCACCGUGUGCUGAACUGCGAGGCCACUGCCUCCACCGCCAUCUCAGCUGUUUCCCUUGACCAGUGGGAGCCAGAAACGACCAACACUGCCUUGCAGCCCUCCCAGAGUGUGAAGAAUUCAAGCUAUAGUUUGCCGUCCUACCACCCCUACAGCAACAGCUAUGACUACUCAGACCAGAGUAGGCAGAGUGAGCGCUCAGGCCUCUGUGGACUCUCCAACCUAGGCAACACCUGCUUCAUGAACUCUGCAGUGCAGUGUUUAAGCAAUAUCCCUCCACUGACUGAGUACUUCCUCAAAGACAAGUACACGGACGAGCUGAAUGAGGACAACCCGCUGGGCAUGAAGGGGGAGAUUGCCAAAGCCUACGCCGAGCUUAUCAAGCAGCUGUGGUCAGGCAAAUACAGCUACGUCACCCCAAGGCCUUUCAAGACCCAGGUGGGCCGAUUCGCUCCGCAGUUCUCGGGCUACCAACAGCAGGACUCUCAUGAGCUGCUGGCCUUUCUCCUGGACGGCCUUCACGAGGACUUGAACCGCAUCCGAAAGAAGCCCUACAUCCAGCUGAAGGACGCUAACGGCAGGCCUGAUAAGGUGGUGGCAGAGGAGGCGUGGGAGAACCACAUCAAGAGAAACGACUCCAUCAUUGUGGACAUCUUCCAUGGCCUUUUCAAGUCCACCCUGGUGUGUCCUGUGUGCUCAAAGGUCUCUGUGACCUUUGAUCCUUUCUGCUACUUGACUCUACCCCUGCCCAUGAAGAAGGAACGCACGCUAGAAGUCUAUCUGGUCAGACUGGACCCUCUGGCCAAACCCACCCAGUACAAGCUGACCGUGCCGAAGGUGGGCUACAUCUCUGACCUGUGUACCUCCCUCUCCAACCUGUCUGGGGUGCCUGCCGAGAAGAUGAUUGUAACCGACAUCUACAACCACCGUUUCCACCGGAUCUUCGCCACCAACGAGAACCUCAGCAGCAUCAUGGAGAGAGAUGAUAUCUAUGUAUUUGAGCUGGCGGUGAACAAGGUGGAGGAUACAGACCAUGUAGUGAUCCCGGUGCACCUGAGGGAGAAGUACAAACAGUCGGGCUACAACCACACCAGCACGCCGCUGUUUGGACAGCCCUUCCUCAUCGCCGUCCCCAGAACCCUCAGUGAAGACAAACUCUACAACAUGCUCCUCCUGCGCCUCUGUCGGUUUGUGCGAUCUUCAGUAGGGGAGGAGGAAGAGGACUGUGAAGAGACGCAGCCAUCUAAACAACACACUGUCAAUGGUAACGCCACUAAUGGAGUGCUGGAGGAGGGGUCGCCGAGCGAGAUGGAGACCGAUGAGCAGGACGACGAGUCCAGUCAGGAUCAAGAGCUGCCCUCUGAGAACGACAAUAGCCAGUCAGAGGACUCUGUGGGCGGGGACAACGAGCUGGAGAACGGAGUGGUCGGCCCUCAGAACUCUACCAAAAGCCAGCAGACGGCCGGGCACAACAGAAAGAGACUUUUUACAUUCCAGUUCAAUAACAUGGGGAAGACGGACUUCUCCCUCAUCAAGGAGGACACCAGACAGAUCCGCUUCGACGAGGGACACCUCCGACUCAGUGAUCGCUCUUAUCUCUCCUUGGACUGGGAACCAGAGAUGAAGAAAAAGUACUUUGAUGAGACCGUUGUCGAGGACUUUGACAAGCAUGAGAGCAUGGAGUACAAGCCUCAGAAGAAGGCUUUCUUCAAGCUGAAGGACUGCAUCGAACUUUUUACCACAAAGGAAAAACUGGGAGCAGAGGACCCAUGGUACUGUCCAAACUGUAAGCAGCACCAACAGGCCACUAAAAAGCUGGACCUGUGGUCCCUGCCGCCAGUGCUGGUGGUCCAUCUGAAACGCUUCUCAUACAGUCGUUACAUGAGGGAUAAACUGGACUCCCUUGUUGACUUCCCACUCAGAGACCUGGACAUGUCUGAGUUCCUGAUCAACCCCAACGCUGGGCCCUGUCGCUAUGACCUCAUUGCCGUGUCCAACCACUAUGGCGGGAUGGGUGGAGGCCACUAUACUGCUUACGCCAAGAACAAAGACGACGGAAAGUGGUACAACUUUGAUGACAGCAGCGUGUCUCCUGCCAACGAAGAUCAAAUAGUGUCCAAAGCAGGCUACGUGCUGUUCUACCAGCGCCAGGACACGGUGAAGGGCACCGGCUACUUCGCUCUCGACCGCGAGGAAGAGGAGGAGGAGGACGAGGAGGAGGAGGAAGGAGAAGAGGAGGAGAACGAAGGCGAGGAGAGGCAGGAGAGGCAGGAGAGAAAGAGCGCCUCCUCCGCGCAGGGUGCCUCGUCCGCCGCCGCCUGCGCCGUUUGCGCCGCCGUUCAGAGCGACGAGGAGGACCCGAACGAGAACCGGCGCAGGAAGAACGACAACGAGCAAGAAGAUGAGGAGGAGGAGGAGGAGGAGGAAGAGGAAGAAGAGGAGGAGGAAGAAGAAGAGGAA